AUCAUUGGUAGGAUCCUUUGUAAAAUGAGAGGAAGAGGCGUGUUCGUGUAAUUGCUGAAAGCCAUAAAUGGCAGAAGCUCCCCCAAAGGGUGCAUACGAGCAGUGGACUUUCAGCGAUUGAGCAACAUUCUCUAUUCUUCAGACUGCCAAGGUCAAAUCAGAUUGAGCAGCAAUGAAGUUUCAUGUCAUCUGUUUGCUCCUGCUUCUGGCAUGCAUGUACCCAAGUUUGGCACAAGGUUCUUAUGAAAAUUGUUGCCUAAAGUAUGGUAUAGAGCCUAACAUAAAAGUCAAAUACAAAGCUGUGAGCUUUAGGAUUCAGGAGACUGAUGGAGGAUGCAACAUCCCUGCUGUUGUAUUCAAAUUUCCAAAGAAAACACUCUGUGCUGACCCCAAAAAAGCCUGGGUGCAAAAACUGAUGAAAAGACUAAAGUGAUUUGUUUUAAUUGAAAGCACUCUGGAAGCCAAGGUGGGAAACAAUUUACUGAAAUCAUUCCAACUGUUUUCAUCUAUUUGUGUGCUGAUUAUGAUUUUUUUUUUUUUUAAAGAAGCAGUUAAUAAAAAAACGUUUUAAGCUGAGUGUUAGCAGCUCGUAACCUUAAUAACCUAAAUGUAUUACUCUUUCUAAGAAAUUAUGUUUAAAGGUUUUUUUUUAAAUCACAGAUCAUUUUAAGUGCACAGAUUUUUAUUUAAGCUUCACAAUGAAUGUUUUAUGUAUUUGAUUGUAUUCUUCUGCAGUUCAGUGUUUGCAAAUGAAUAGAUUGUAAAUAUUAGACGUACUUGCUCUAUUUUCUGUGUUUCCUGUAUACGCUGUGCUGUUACACUUUUAAUCAAGUGCUCAGUCCUUUCUGGUUUCAAGGCAUCGAUUGAACCUAUUAGGUUUUGUUUGUUUUGUUUCAUGAUAUAUAUUUUGUAAUUUUUUAUAUUUUAUAUCAAUGUAAUUUUGUUCAUAGACAUUCCAUUGCAAUACAUCACGUUGCAUUAAAUGUGAA